AUGGGUGAUGAAGGAGGUAGCAGGGAAGGACUCAGGUGGCUGGUGUCAGUAAAUACAAAUACCUGUGGGGCAAAAGCUGGUGAAAUCCCCAGGCGGUCUUUGGCAACUGUGCUGGUGUUAGUUUCUUCAGUGGCAAAAUCUUCUGGAUUUGUCUGCAGAGCAAGUCACAAGUCACUACAAACCAUGAUUGUUAUUGAGUUCCCUGCUCCCAUUUUCUGGAAUCUUUCAUAUUUGAGAGGCAAAGUACUCCUGAACGUCAGAGAAGCUACACAGACAAGUUGUGGCCCGAACACUUGGGAGCCAUUUGUUCCUCCAAAUAUAAAGUCCUGGCUGUGGUGCAGCCAGAAACAACACAGCCGUCCAUGUCUUCAAUUAGCACAGGGCCCGGCUCUCAUGGGGACACUGCAUCCCAUUCUGCCUGGCUCAGUUCCUCAGGCUGCAACGCUGUUUCUUGGGCUGAGGACGGCACUGUCCAGUUCAUUUGGAAAGCCUAUGCUGGAGUCACCAUAUAUGUGGGUUUGAACCAAACUUUUUGUUCAAGUAAGUCUAUGCACCUCAGAUCAAAAUUUGGUGGUAUUCCAGGAUACCUGCAGCACCACUCCGACUGACUUUGCAUCUCCAACCUGUGACCUCAGCAAGAGUGGAUGUAAUUGAGAUGAGACUUGUAAGGUGUAUCCCUUACCUCGACACUGUGCAAGAUUCCAGUUUAACUCCUUUGAAUUCUUGAGGUGUCUGGGCUCCGUGUAUCUCGAGUGUAAGGUUUCUAGUGGUAGUAGUAAUCAGUCUCGCUGCCACCAGACUUUUUCUGGGAAAAGAGACAUUUCUUCAUACAAAUGGAAGACUAAUUCUGUCAUAGGAUGCAUUCAUCUGAAAAGGGAUUGACGGGCAAGUGAAAAUUCAGAAUUUCAGUAUCAAACGCAUGAAACUCAGAUUCAGCCUUUUAACAAUCUGCAUCUGUUUUCAUUCAUGGUCCUUGUUCUGAAUAUUGUGAUUGUGGCUACAAUUCUAGCAAGGCAUUUUGUGAGUCAGAGAACAGACUACAAAGUCCAGAAACUGCAGGACUAUUAA